AUGAACGUUUUUGACGACUGGCAGAAACAUACGUUGGCACCGCUGCUUCACGAGUAUGGAGAGGACGACAUAUACAACUUGGAUGAAGCAGCCUUAUUUGACAAGAUGCUUCCCACAAAAAUAUUUGCUGCCAAGGACACCACCGUCUCGAGGAGAAAGCAGCCUAAGGAAAGGAUAUCCAUUUUGUUUGGCGUGAAAAUCUCCAGAAGUGACAAGCUUCCAUUGCUCGUCAUCGGCCAAGCGGGUAAGCCUAGGUGCUUUAAGAACACGCAUCUUCGUCCGAGGGAUGUCGUCAUGUACAGACAUAACAAGAAGGCCUGGAUGGCGGCGGUGAUGUUUGAGGAGUACGUGCGGUAUCUCGACCGGAAGUUUACUGCCAAAGGGCGGGAAGUGCUCUUUGUUACCGACAACUGCCCAGCCCACGAUGACACCAGGAACCUGGAAGUCAUCAAGAUUGUCUUCCUCUCUGCAAAUACAACGGCCAUAUUGCAGCCGAUUAUUCUGCAAACGAGGAAGAUUUACCAUCACCACCUGCUGAAGCGGGUUCUGCACUGCUACGACUGUGGAAAAGAAUACAUCGAUCUCCUCAGUGCGAUCUGUUUAAUUGCCUUUGCCGGAAAGAGGAGCCAAAGGUCAUCAGGCGCUGCUUUGAACAUGCCGGGUUUCGAAAACAAGGUGGCGAGGAUCAAAAUGACACUUGCAGCUCCUCUUGCCUAG